AUGGCGCCUAAGCAGAAGCCGGCACCGCUCCGACCAUUUAAGAAGAAAAGUUACGCCCCUGGUCGAUUGCAACAAUAUGCUUAUGCGACAAAGACUCCAUCUGCAAAAGCAGAUGAAACAGAGUCACCACGAGCAACCGAGUUACCUAGUUUUGCUAUUUCGGGAUUGUCGUGGGCAUCGGCUUUUGUUCUGGAGCUUGUCCAGAGCAGAGUGACAUGCACAGCUGAAUCCAACAUUCAAAUACUGCCAUAUGCCCCUGCCAUUGGCAGUAGCAUGGCGGUCCGGAGAGGCAUGAUGGAUGGCGAAAUCGUUGCGGUCAAGGAGGUGAGAAAUGGCGUCAAGGACUUUGGCAAGGCUCUGGCAGAUGCGCUGUUCGAAGUCCGCGUCAUGUCGCACAAGCCCUUGGCCAGCCACCGCAACGUUGUAAGUCUGCGAGCGGUCUCUUUCGCAGACGAUGACAUUCAGGACCUUCAACCAGCCCAGCCUCGUGUGCUAAGACCCCUGAUUGUCGUGGAUUGGUCAUUGGGCGACUUGACGUCUCACUUGCUAGAGAGGAAGCUCGACUUCACCGAGAGUGCGGAACUGGUCGCAGAUAUCGCGGAUGGCCUUCAGAUCCUGCACUUGUACGGCAUUACUCACGCAGAUCUCAAGCCGGAUAAUGUGCUGCUCUUCUCUGACCCAGACUCGCAUUCCGGGUUUGUUGCAAAGCUGGCCGACUUUGGCUUCCCUGGAAGCGAGGAGCACCGUCAAGAACGGAAGGGGCUGACCAGUCGUUGGGCAGCACCAGCUGCGGGCGGGCACGAUGAUUACCUCAUGAAGAAUACCGAAUGCCCUGGAGAUGUGUUUUCGUUCGGCCUCGUUGCAAUGUUCGUGGCUGUUGCCCCGGAUUGGGAUUCAGACGUCCACUUGCCUGACUGCUUUCACCCAGACAUACAACGAGCAAAGUUCGAUUACACGCUUGACCGACUAUACGGUGCAGACGAAUUUGCACCGUGGCACAAAAUCUUACACUCCACCGUUGUGUCAAACCCGAACGAGCGUCUGACGACCCAGGGGCUGGGGACUGUUAGGGAGCUUCUCUUAGGCCAUGAUCGCUAUGCGCACGAACGAAGGCUCCUUAUGAUACACAUGAUUCCGUUCCGAGGGAUGAAAGGAGCGCAGAAUAAUUACAGAGCAGAGCUCGAAUUCUCCAAGAUGAGCUGGGACUUUUCUGCUCACGCGAAGACAACUUGGAAAACUUUGCCUAAGUGGAUGAAAACGAGCAUUCGCGAAGACUACAUGGCUUUCGACAUUCAGCCUGCCAAAUUCUACAAGCACAUAGAUGACGAUCUCGCCAUUCGUAUCAUUGCCGUGACAUUGCUCGGUAUCAUUCUGCUUACCACCGAACCAACCACGCCCAUACUUCGGCGGCAGUUUCCGCUCGGAUAUAUGGCAUGGCGAGUACAUGAGGCUGGUACGAGGCUCGGAAUAGAAGAUCUCGAUGAUCGACCCCCAGUAUGGCGACUUGCAGCGAAGAACAAGGUCGAGGAGGCUCUAUCCGAGCUACGUCGAGACCCGAGCCAGCUGACAUACAAGCAUCGAGGCCACACAAUCGUCCAUUACGCUACGUUGUACGGCAAGCCGAAGCUUUUAGCUGGCAUAUUGGAGACGACGCUGGAAGCAGUGUCUCUUGUCACAGCCCGCGGAUUCACCCCUUUGUUCUACGCUGCCGCAGCGACAGACCGGCGUUCGGAAGAGUGUCUCGACAUUUUGCUCGACCAUGGCGCCGACGUUAAACACAUCUCACCGAACGGAGAGUCCUUGCUGCUGUUUCUGUACAUGGGCUACAUGCAGUCUGGAGAAUGGACACCCAUUACAAGAAAUCUGAACCGUAUCAGAUGGUACAAGGAGUGGGCUGUUCGUACUGCCCUUCAAAGGCUUGAGGACAGGUUUCCGCGCACGGAGGAAGAGCGUCGGGAAGCACAACGAAAGAACGAUGAGCUGCUUCCACCAUUCAUGAGAGGACUCGAUUGGUGGGAUAAAAAUCGCGAGGGUAUUCUCGAGCUUCGAGACAUGCUUCUCAACAAUUAUGGACCUGGAGUCAGCGAUGCCCUACUGGAAAAGAUCGAAAGAAUCCGACAGGAGACUGGUCCUUGUGACGAUAUGCUCACCCUUUCCGCUGGAUUUAUCCCUUUCCUCGAGUUCCGCGUAUUCAGUGGUCAUCUCCUAGGCUCUGUGUUCUCCGCGGCCGUCGUUCUCAUUAUGUGGAUCACUAAGAUCUUUUCAAGUUUUUGGGAAGGAGGCAUCAUCAAAACUGGAUUCACCUGCUAUACGUACUUCGUUUUCUGCUGGCUGGUAUUGUGCUGGACGCUGCGAGGCAAUUACACAUUCAUGGAGAUGUACUUCAAUAAUCUGACAGGCAAUCUUGCGAAGACCCCUCUGCUCGACACACUGACAAAUGAAAAGGGCUCAUUCAAGCUGGUCGAAGAAAGUGGCGGAAUUUUGUUCCUCAACUUCGUGGGCAUGCUUCUCCUCGACUUCCUUAUCCGCGAAAACGAACUCUUCACCCUGGCGAUUAUCUGUCUCGUCGUCGAAGUCAAGCGCACUAACCAUAGGCUGUCCAGAUUUGAUCGAGAGAUGAGAUGGAUCCAGCGAGUCUCGAAUAUCGACGGCGAGUACGACGAGCAUUUCACCCCCACCCGCGAGAAUACUCGUCGAAGCACCAAAUUCAAAGUCGUUAUGGAGUUUCAGAUGCAGAUGCGGCGAGCCUGGAGAAAAGCCAUGAGUGAUGGUUAG